AUGAAUCUAGAGUCAAACACUAGAUCUACCUCUGGGGCUAAAAGUCAAACCAUUGGAGCCAAAAGGCAAAAGAAAACAAACGAAAGUUUAAAUGAUACAUGUUUACAAAUAAAUGGUCAUCCUCAUACAAAUGCUUUGGCUUCUAAAAAUGUAACUACAACCAAUUCUAACCUGGAAAUCGAGAUUGAAAAAUCUCUUUCUAGUGGGCAGCAGGAUACAGUGAAUUUGAAAAAACAUCCUUCUGCCAUUUGUCAUUCUUCUAGUAAGAUAGAGGGAAGUGGACCAUUUGUGUCUUUUGCCCAAGGGAAGGAAGUAGCGGGGUCUUUGGCCAACUUCUCUAAGAGGGUGUUGGUCUUGGCUGUUAUAUGGAGACAUGCCAAAGAAGUUACCACGUGCCCUGUGCAUAUUACAUUCCUGGGUGCAUAUGGGAUAACAUCUACACAUCUGAAUCUCUGCACAAUGCCGUUGGAUGUCGGACAAAGUUUGGUGUUUUGUGGUUCUAAUCUUUUUACAGAAGAAAAUGUUGGGGUAAAAGCUUGUAUGGAAGCCAUGUGUCUUAUGAAUGAAGAACCAUAUGAAGUUCAUCUAAAUACCCAUGGUUGUAUUGGUGGCUCUAAAGCUGGGAGGCUAAGAGUCCUAAAUAAUCAUGGGGGAUCAGGUGGAUCUAAACAACCAGCAAUAACAACUACAUCGAGUGAUGGUGGUGGUGAUGAUGAUGAUGAUGAUGAUGAUGGUGGUGAUGAUGAUGAUGAUGGUAAUGAUGGUGGUGAUGAUGAUGAUGGUGAUGGUGGUGAUGGUGAUGAUGAUGAUGAUGAUGGUGGUGGUGAUGGUGGUGAUGAUGGUCGUGAUGAUUAUGAUGAUGGUGGUGGUAGUGGUGAUGAUGAUGAUGAUGAGGAGGAGGAGGAUGGUGGUGGCGGUGUGGUGGUGAUGAUGAUGAUGACGAUAUUGGUUGUGGUGGUGAUGAUGAUGAUGACGAUAUUGGUUGUGGUGGUGAUGAUGAUGAUAGUGGUGGUGGUGGUGGUGGUGGUGAUGAUAAUGAUGGGUGAUGGGAAUGGUGAUGGUGAUGACGGUGAUGAUGGUAGUGGUGGUUGUGGUGAUGAUAAUCAUCAUCAUCAUGAUGAUGAUGAUGGUGGUGGUGAUGGUGAUGAUGAUGAUGGUGGUGGUGGUGGUGGUGGUGAUGGUGAUGGUGAUGGUGAUGGUGAUGGUGAUGGUGAUGGUGAUGGUGAUAAUGAUGGUGAUGGUGUGAUGGUGAUGGUGAUGGUGAUGGUGAUGAUGAUGAUGAUGGUGGUGGUGAUGGCGGUGUGGUGGUGUGAUGGUGAUGAUGGUGAUGGUGAUGGUGAUGGUGGUGAUGGUGGUGAUGGUGGUUGUUGUGGUGAUGAUCAUCAUCAUCAUCAUGAUCAUGAUGGUGGUGGUGAUGGUGAUGAUGAUGAUGAUGGUGGUGGUGGUGGUGAUGGUGGUGAUGGUGGUGAUGAUGGUGAUGAUGGUGAUGGUGAUGAUGGUGAUGAUGAUUUUGAUGAUGAUGAUGAUGUAUAUGAGUUUGUGAGAUGACACAUUAUGAAAUAUUGCAAGAAAAAGAAAGAGGAUGAGAGUGUAGACGCAAAUUUCAAUUAUGGAAAAGAAACUAAAAAAGGAGAUACUGUUUUUAUGGCACUUGAGGAUCUUGAAGCCUUUGUGGAUGAUGAAUGGCAUGAUGAUGAUGAGGUCCUUGUGAAAAGAAACAAGGUGAUGGAUGAUGAAUGA